AUGGUGAAGCCAUGGUCGUUGAUUUUGAGCCUAGCUUCGGCGGAACCUGUUUUUGGACCAAAAGACAAGGUCGAAAUCAAACUGAAUCCAGAGCCACUGAAGACUUCGGCAGAUGUUCUAGAUUUCCCCGAUCAUUUUUCCCUGCUCCGAAAUGGCGACGAUUUCAAACUCUCCGCUGAUAUCCGCGUUGAUGGCGGCUUAAAAACAUGUGGAUUCUUCAAUUCAAGGCUUUCGGUGGAUUUUGAUGGCGAUACGGUUUCCGAAUUUCAUGUUACUCCGUCCGGUCACGUCCUCACUCGCAGCUUCGACAAUGGCAACGCGAUUCAUUUUUCUCACUUGGUCCAGCUGGCUCUCUGCAACGGAAAUAUUAAGAGCUGUGUCCUCACGGCGGAACAAAUGAGUAUUGAGGAUUUGCAGUUUGAUGUCACUUUUGGUGGACUAGAAAUGACCGACAGUGGCAAAGAAGUCAAGGUCGAUUUUAGCUGCGAUGAAGUUAUUAGAGAUAAAUCAACCUUUCUUCAUGUUUGGAAAGAGGGCCAGAUUCAAGUCUCCGCAGAAGACACCGUCCUCGACAGCUCUGAUGACGCUCUUCAGACAGUCGCUUCCUGCAACUUAACCGACCUAUCUCCGGCGGUUGAAAUGGCAGAGUUCCUCAUUGGAAGCUUCAAAAAGAUUUCGCAGGUCUCAGACGGAAUCGCAGAGCUUCAAAUAUCUGGAAAAGAACUGAUCGCUUUUGGUGGUAAAAAUAUCCAUGGAGAGAGCAUCAGAUGUGAUGCUCUUCAGAUGACAGACUUGAGCGAUCCGCCAACGAUUUUGAAGAAAUACUCCGCCACGACAAAAGAAACGAUCGAGUUUUCGUAUCCAACAACAUACGCAAAAGUCAGUUUCGACAACACAAAAUUUGUCAGGGGAAUGAACUAUCUUCAAAGAGGUGAAUCAACAGAAAUCUCUUGCGAUUUCGAUGGUUUCCCUCUUCCGACGCCGAAGCUAGUCGCGGAUGGUCACGAAAUCAAAUCUAAUUCUUUCAAAAUCGAAGACGACGCAUCCAUCACCUGCGAAGCGGGAAAGUUUUCCGACACUGCCUACGUGAACGUUUUUUAUCUCGAAGAAGAUUCUGUUGAGCUGACAUUGAUGCAAGACCCUGAAGAAAUUUACGAAGGCGACAUUAUUGAGCUUAUUUGCCAUGCUCACGGAACUCCCUUGCCGGACUUUUCUUUUUACAGAUCUGAAAAGAAGCUGUCAAAAGAUGAUCAUCAUCAUUAUCAUGCGGUUGUCCGCGCUGGAAACUAUUCUUGCACUGCCGGUCUUGACGAUUUUGGAAUCGAGUACGAGUCAAAUAUUGUUGAAAUUAUCCCAAAAAUACGACCAACGGCUGACGGCGAUUCACUUGGCAUGAGUUCUGGUCUCAAAAUAGGUAUUUUCAUUCUCUGCAUCAUCCUUCUUAUCAUCAUCCUCCUCGUCAUUGACUUCUUCGUCUACAAGGAAAAAGGACUGACAAACGAAGCUUUGCUCAAAUUCAAUUGCAUUUGUUGCAACAGAGAUGCGGUGCCCAAACAACAAGAUGAAGAAAAUCCAGAGGAAGAAAUAAUCGUCAACGAUAACCACGAAGAUGAAGUCCUUUCAACAGAAAAUGAAGAAGCUACACCAGAAGUUGAUCCCGAAGUCGCAAGCACAACUUCAAGCUCAAAACAGACUGUAAUCGCCAAUACGGAGCAACAAUUAGCUGUCUCCGAACAAGACACCGAUACUAAGCCGAAAGAAAAUACCGAAUAA